GCUCGAGCGGAGGCGUUCCGAGCCGCUGCAGAAGCCCUUCGAGCUGCUGAAGGAGCUGAAGCCCAGGCAGCCGCAAAGCGGCAGCUGCUGCGCGCCCAGGAGGCCCUCGGGGUCAAGCGGCGCAGGCAGGGGCUUUAGCAAGGUGGCCAGGCUACCGCGUGAUCAGCAGCUGUGGAGGCUGUGGACUGUCAACGCGAAUGCCUGGAGCUCGUUCCAGGGCUGCUUGGACUGGCAGAGAAGUUUGAGCCUCAAGCAUCUCGGCGUCCAGGCCGGCUAUUUCUCGAGGCUGAAGCUGAUUCGGGCUAACGUGGCCUUCCCUCAUGGCCUGCUGCUGGGCUCUGUCUACGGGUUUGUGGACGCGUCCGACAAGGUGUUCACCUGGGAUUUGCUGGAGGCCUUGGGAGUCUUUCUGCGCCGUUCCAGGUCACCGUGGAUUCUUGAAGGGGGCUUCAACUUGCCGCCAGAUGAUCUCAAGUUGUGCAAGUGGGUGGAGCUCCUGAAAGGCACGAUCGUGGCCCCAAGUGGUCCUACUUGCUUCGCGUCCAAGUCGGGGUCCACGAUCGACUACUACAUUGUGAGUCAGGGGUUGGCCAACUUCGUCAGUGAUGUUCGCCCGAUAUACGGUGCCCCUUCGUCGCCUCGCGUCGCUGUUGCCAUGCAGCUCAAGGGCCCCACGCUGAACAUCCCGCUCCACGUUCGCAGGACAUGGAAGCCCUUCCCCACUGCUUUGCGGACGGGGCCUUUGCGGAAGCCUGCCGAGCACUGUUGGUCCUGGCCUGCAGGGGUGCUCGCAGGGGUUCAGCUGGAGGAUGCGUGGUGCCAGUGGCUGAGCAACAUGGAGCUGGAGUUGUGCAACCAGUUCGACAUCGUCGGAGCUGGGCAGAAAGGCUUCGUUGGCAGAGCUGACGGGUUCGAGCGUCGGCAGGUGCCUCUGUCUGUUUCUAUGGAGAAGGCGGCUAUGUCUGGCAGUGGGGACAAGAUGAGAGCCUGGAGGUCGCUCGAUGCCAUCUUGUCCAGGUUCCUGGCACUCCAGGACGACACCGUUGGUGCGAGCGAAGCGGCUGCUGUGCAGCCGACCUCCUUGGAGUCCAUGGGCUUUGUGCUGCCUGACUACACGUCGCCGCACACUGGACCACCGAGGACAGCUGCUACCUCGGACAUGGAAGCAAUCGGCGGACCUGCUCGUUCAGGUGGAGGCUGCGAUCGUCGGGAGACGCACACUGGGGCGCAGCCUGUUGCUUCCAGUGCCGAAGGGUUCAGCACCGAGGGUCAGACGCUUUCCUUGGGGUCCAUGGGCUUUGUCCUGCCCGACUACACGUCGCCGCACUCUGGGCCGACGCCGCUGGCUGCUGCUGCUGCCUGUUCGUCGGUGUCGGCGUCUUCUUCUUCUCAGGAGCUUGACCACCUCGACCUGUCGACGCUGACGGGGGUCAAGUCCAUAGAGUUCGACCUGCACUCACUGCGCAGCGCUGCUGAAGCUGGUGGGGAGGAUCUGGCUAUCCUGGCGUCCAACGUUCACAAUGCGGCGCUGGAGGCGUCCCAGUCGGCGGCCGAGGAGCAGCUGCAGGAGUGGAGAGAGUGGGCCCAGUCUGCGGUGAAAGCUGGUGGCCGCCGUGCUCACAGGUACCUGAGGGACCAGCCGCAGGUGACGGGGCCCGCGGCUCCCGAGGGCUGGGCGCUGCAAGGGGACGCGGCCGUGCAGGCCAUGCACACGGAGUGGCUGCAGUACGGGGGAGACGCCAAGGAGAGCAUCUCACAGAUCCAGGCUGCAGUCGCGCAG